AUGACAUCUUCCAAAAUACAUAUCUCACCGAGUGUUAAACCUUCGUUACAUGCUAUCAUGUACAUGUUUCAUCAUACCUUCCUUCCUCCCAACGUUCCCCAAGAGGAUGACUUCGAUCCCCAGAACAAGGAUACCUUGCUAUGCACUAUCAGCGAUGCCCUUCAGCGGUUCAAGGCUGCCGCGAGAUGUGACCAGCAGGCUACUAUUGAGCCUAUCAGAAUUAUGAUCGAAGAUCUCAGGUCUGUCCGAGAGGACUUGGGAGCUAUCAGCGAGGCAAAUCUGGAAAGAGCUCUGAAAAAGCUCUCGAAGAAAGGUAUACGCCCUAAGGUGGAGUGAUGCCACUGUAUAUUAGAGCCCAAAAUGCCGGUGUAAUUAUCAGUAAGGCUAGCAAUGGUAUUUGCUUUGAAACCUUUGAGCUCUCCCCCGACAACGAGUCGGUCAUCACGACAAAGGGACGCCUCCGGCGCUCCUUCCCAGCCUCCGCCUGCGUUGUAUACCAGGUCACAUUCAACGAGGAUGGAUUUCAAGCUACGUUGGCACAGACAAUUGCGAAAAUGAGCCAUCAGGCUACACCGGAUAUGCAGCCCAAAGUGAGAAAAGCUCGUCAACAGCACAACGAUAUGUAG